GAUCUCGAUAUGUUUAAAGAUAAUGUCAUUGCUAUUAAAGCGAUUAACCCUGAGGUUAUACCGGUUAAUAUUUUAAAGCCAUACGAACAAGAGAAAGUCGAUGAGCGUUUGAGUGAAGGAAUGACCUACCUAUUUGAUAAUCAAUUUAUGAAGGCCAAAACUGUAUUUGAGACGAAGGCCAGCGUGUAAAGUGAUCCACUGUAUGCUUUAGGCCUGGGGGCAAUGGCAACUAUUAAAGCUUUAAUGACAUAUCAUGAGACGGAUGUGAAUAUGGCCAUGGAUGCUCUUGCUUCCGCGUUCACAAUUGCAAAGACGCAAAUCAGUAAAACAGAAUCAAAAAAGCCAUUUAAAGAUACUGUCAGUCAAUACUUUACCAGCUUGCUCUCAAACACAUCAACAGGGCUUCCAAAUGAUCCACCCAGCAUGUCCAUGCCACAAAGUAGUGGAGGGGUAGCAUCUCCAACGUCGUUUUUACCAAAUGCUGUGCUUAGAGCACACGUUGUGAAAGCUGAAUGUUGUUUAUUGAUGGGCAUCUUGCAAAUGACACAGGAAAGCGUCGUGGCCUAUCUUAAAUGUGGACUCAACAUAAGAAAAGCUUACAAUAGCUAUAGUAUUGUUUGGCAAGAAUAUAAGAGAAUGGGCCAGGAAUAUGUAAAAUAUAUGGAUAAAAAUACUGUCUCUGGGGUACAGUUUGGUAUUGGUGCGGUUCAUCUCAUGCUAUCAUCUAUGCCACCAAAAAUUUUGAAAAUCUUUUCGGUUUUCGGAUGGAAGAGUGAUAAGCAGUUAGGCUUUGCUUUGCUCAAAUUAUGCUUAGAAGGUCGUGGUGUCCGGGCUCCUUUAGCAUCUUUAACUCUAUUAGCUUACUAUUCAGUUCUCACAUCGUUUGCACCACAAGUGUAUUCAAAGGAUAUGUUAAACCCAGCGAUUGAAUGCCUCCUUGAUGCGCAAAAUAACCAUCCCAAUUCUUGUUUCUUCCUCUUCUUUGCAGCCCGUAUGGCUCGAGUAGCCCGCAAUAUACCGCUCUCAAAUCAGUCCUUUAUGUUUGCAGCAGAAUCAAGUCGGGGUGAAUGGGCAGAAGUCGCUAUGAAACAGAUGGCCGACUACGAAGUCGGGUUCAACCUGGCUCUGCAGCUAGACUGGGAGAAUGCGUUGAAAUACUUUCAGCAGUUGGUAAUUGAAAAGUACUGGUCUCCUGCAUUUUCUAAAUACUUUCUCGGCGCAUGUCAUGAAAUGCUUGGUCAGCGAACAGAAGCCAUUCUCGCUUUUGCCGAAGUGGUAUCGCUCGUGAAAGGAGGAGAAGAGAAAGCAAAAGGAACGUAUAUUGAUUCAUAUGUCUUGAAGAAAGUUGAGUACUUUCAAAAGAGUGGUUAUCAAGAUAUAGACUUUAGCCUGCCAGCGUUAGAAGUGCUGUUGGUCAUGAAUAUGUUGAGUCAUAUGGAAAAGGAAAAGCUUGAAAAAUGCCUGAAAUUAGUACAAGAUACAUUGACGGUUAUUUAUGAACGCGAAAAAAUGGAAUAUACCAUACGACUGAGGGAGCUUGUGCCUACAGUAGCUCCACCGGAUUAUUGUGAACAACGUGCUGUGCUGCUAUUGAUGAAGGCUUCUAUACUUAAUUCAUUGGAGCGUUUUGAUGAAACUAUUGCGCAUUUGAAUUGGAUUUUGGAUCACAAAGAUAGUAUUAAAGAAGAAAAUUGGGUCGUUCCAUUUGCUUAUUGGGAAUGUGGCGUCACUAGUUGGGGUUUAGGCAAUUACAGAAAGAGCCGCAAACUAUGGCAAAUGGCAAUGUCAUAUACGAAAUAUGAAUUUGAGUAUCGUCUGGCAGUCAGAUUAAGCCUCGCUCUAAGCAAAUGCGAUGAAGUUGGUAUUACUCAGGCUAAAAUGCAUGAAACAGAGGGGUCAACAACAAAUGGACGUAAACGAAUGCCAUUGUUACAUGCUAUACCUUGAGGGAGAGGGCCCAAAUAAGAAAAAGACCGUUCCGAUCUAUAUACCUCGUCAUACUUUACCAUAUUGGUUUCAGGUUUUGAACAAUUAUAGAAAAAUUAUACCUAUUAUAUCAUUUUAUUCUUCACAGCGCUCAGACAUGAAAAAAAAAAGAAAGUUCUACGGAAGAUAAA